AUGUACAAGCGGUCCAGUAAUGGGGAGCAGGGCGUGUUUGGUGGUGUUGAUAGCAUACUUCCAGGAGAAUACCACGCUUAUAUUUGUGAGAUUUCCGAGGGUAAGUUGUUAUUUUUGUUGUUGUUUUGUUUUGUUUUUUCUGUUCGUUUGCUUUCUUUAAUAUUAUUUUGAGGAAACUAACGGCAAUAGAAGCGCUUAGGCAUCAUAAAAGCAUUAUUUGAUAUCGUUUGUGGAACUUAUGAAAGGAUUUACAUGAACUCUCUGACAGUCAGAAUCAAGUUUACAGUAACAUUUGAAUGAAUGAAAAUAUGUUUGAAACGAUAUCAAUUAACGUUUUCACGAUACAUAUGUCUAACUUUUAGCUUUGUGAGCAGAGGAAAAUUACAGAUGGUUCUGUUACCAGUAAUAACAGUAAACUUUCAGUUAUCAGUUAUUUUCAUGUAGUUAAUUUAUUGUUUCGAUUGAACAAAAUGAUGGUGAAAACCAAUUGCGAAGAAAUAUCAGUCCAAUUGCUUUUUUAGAUAACAACGUGUGAUGACGUGAAGUGCGUUAUCUUUUGCUAAGAGCCAUGCCAGGGACUCAUUUCUGUUGAGAUACAUGCCAAUUAUCGUUUUAUAAAACGAAUACAAAAGACUUGCAAACUUAUUUUUUCUUCGCAUAGCCGAAUCAGUUCUGUGUUUAUUCUACUUUAUUUUAAUAUAUAUGAUAUAUUGCUGUAGUUCGAAAAGAAGGUUUGACAUUUGUAAUGUAUACAUCUCAUUUUUCGAACUUUUCGAGCUUUAAGUUAAUUUUUUCACAUAGGUUGGUGCCCAGCAUUAGGAUAGGGAAUACGUUCCUAUUUUUUCCAGUGGGUCUUCUUGGUUUCUUGUCACGCAUCGGCACACAAAAUAUUUUUUUGCGCGAGAAGUAAUUCAGUUGUAACUAGUUGUCUAUCGUACUCUGUAUCUUUGUCGAACGGCAUGAAGCACCCACGCUCCUAGUUCGAUCUGCACACCCCCUCCUUGUGUAUGAGUCGUGAAUUAAGAUAGGAGGUAAGUUGUUAAGCGUGUGCGUUGUGAGAAAAAGAGCGGAAAAGACAUUUUUAAUCUUGAAAUGAUACAACAAGUUAAAUGCGACCCUUUCAUAUCCCGAUAGCUCUGGACUCUAAUCGACGAGGCUCUUGCAAAAGCCACAAACCACUACUCUUACCAGAUGAGUCCAAAAUUUCUGGUUAAUGUUAUUCUUUGUGCACGGCCCCCUGAUGCCAUAAUAUCAUUUACGAGAAAACAAUACCUAAACGCUGUGAUAUUGGUACAGGUUAUCUGAAUGUUAUGAUGUCGCCAUCGCCAUCGCCAUCGCCAUCGCCGUUGCCAUCGCCGUUACCGUCGCUGACGCCAUCGCCGUCGCAGCAAGGUAUGAUACUAUACACUUUACACUAUAUCCUAUGUAUUCAGGUGUAGCACCUAACUGUUAUGGCCUAGCGCACAGCGUGUGCAGCAUAACCCAUACUUUUGAAAGCUAGAAGUUACAGUAAAAAAGAGCUAGGUUGACAUAUCGUUCUAAUCCAAGAUUAACAUUCUCAUCCAUCUUAAGCAUCGCCAUCGCCGUCGCCGUCGCCGUCGCCGUCGCCGUCGCAGCCAGGUAUGAUACUAUAUACUAUACACUAUAUCCUAUGUACUCAGGUUUAGCACCUAACUGUCAUGGUAUAGCUCGCAAGGGGGGGCAGCAUGGCCCAUACUUAUGAAAGCUAGAAGUAACCCAUCAACCCAAGAAAAUUUGGAAAGAAAAUACCGUAUGACCUACCGUGCAAGGUGCUACUUAAACCAUGCGCGGACAACUGCAUCUAACUAUUACGUAAGUAAAAGACAAAUGGAGGAGGUAAUGCACAUACGCGGUUGUGUGCCUAACUUGGAGACCCCAAUCGAGUGUGCUAAGAAGCUCAGAUCCAAAGUGAUGAAGUACGCAUUUACCAAAGUUCGUGCAGCGUACGGCAGGCACCCGGUUACUGUAUACCCGAGGGCUUCACGAGGGCUAGCACAGUUGAAGCAGCGCAAACAAAGGAAAUUGGCGUUUGAACUGCAAGUCAUACUAAUUGGUUCGUAGUUGAAAGAUUCAUUGAUUCUCGGUAAUUACACUGCAAGAGGAGCGCUAAAGACGACAUGAAAAGACUGAUGUUAAACGUCGAAUAUCUAACGAAGAUCGACGUGAGAAGGAAAGACAAAGAGCUCUAGAAAAAAAAAAGACUGAAAAGAGGUCAACAACAAAGAAAAGCGAAUUACAGAGAAGCCGACAAAGGAGGGCCAGGAAGUAAGUUGAUUUUUAUCUAAGUUUUUUCCUACGCUGAGUCCCAGAAAAAUUCAACACUUCUCUUAUCAAUCGUCCUUUGAUACUAGCUUCAGUUUAUAAUUAAUUGAUAUUUAAAACUGAUUACAUAAUGUCUUUCAUAACUGUACACAUUUGAUUUGCCCCUCACACUUCUUAGCAUCAUUAGUGUAGAGCGAUUUUUUUUUCAAGACCGCGUGAGGGAUGGCACAUCGACCAAAAAAUUACUACCCUCAUAGUUAAGUCAGUGAUUCUGUAUAGUGAACUUAGAAACGUGUUAAAGUUUUCCUCCCAGAUUUGCUUCUUUAUUCUAGAAAAUUUGCCAAAACUGAAACGAGCAUCGGCAGUCGUACACUGGCGGAGAGCAGUACCCCGAGUAGAGGCAAAUGAGCUUUGCUCGUGAAAAGGGAAAAAGAAAGCAAGCUCAUAUCAAUUUGAUAAUUUUUUAUUUGAAGGAUUGACGAAUGAUUUAAGUUUAAAACAGGACCAUUUUAUUUAUUUUAGAGCUCGCAGAACGCUUUCGGAUAUUACUACAAAUAUUUAAAAAUACAAAUAUCGCACUUCCCAGCAAUUUUCCAAUUAAUGUUUUCCCAACGCUGUAUACCUCGCUAUCGGCUCAGAUUAAGCUCGUGAUAAGUGGAAAUAGAAUGGUUUUCGAGGAUAUGAAAAUUAGUUCGGGGCUUUUCUUACCGUACAGAAAAAUCAAGCUAAAUUUUUCUAAAAUUGCAACAUCGUCAUUUACAUCACGUCAUUCUUUAACUAGACACCUCAUUUUUAAAUCCAGAAUUCCAGGCAAAUUUUAGCAGUAAGUGUUGUGUUAGCUUACACGAAUAAUGUACGUGCAAGAGGAUUCUGGGAUAGAAUUAAAGGUGGCGUUCUUUGCAGAACACGAACAACACAACAGGGUGGCAGCGGUGGGAUCUUUCCAAUAAGAUUUAAACUGAAGAAAUCAGAAAAAAACGGAAAUAUGGGAGGCUCUGCCCCUGGUGAAGCUGGAAAUCAAGCUGUACCGCAUCCUGUAGUUGACGAGGCGAACGAAGAUGACGUUCACCCAGACAGCCUGCACAACAACAAGCCGACAUGUCUGCACAGUGUACAGUCCAACAGAUCGCUGUGGCGAGUUAUCAAUUUCUACCACUGGAAAAAUUCAGUUUUAAACCCGACGAGUGGCUCCGCUGGAUUAGACGUUUCGAACGAAUGCGAAAGGCUGGUUGCCCCAAACAAGCUAAACGAGUACGUCAAAAGAGAGAACAUCCCACUUCCAACAGUAGACACGGCUCUGGAAAGAUUGGCAGCUUCCAAAGUCUUCUCAAAACUCGAUGCAAACCCAGGAUUUUGGCAGAUAAAGCUUGCAUGGGAAUCGAGACCACUGACCACAUUCAUCCCUCCAUGGGGCCAAUUCUCCUUCAAUGUUCUACCCUUUGGUAGCAGAUCUGGUUAUGAGAAUUUCCAGAGUUAAAUGAAUCAGAUUCUCCAGGCAUUGAAAGGUGUAUAGUGCCACAUAGAUGACGUUUUAGUUCACGGAAAAAAAUCAAGAAAAACAUGACGACAGACUAGAAGCCGUACUUAGGCCUCUGGUCGAAGCCGGCCUUACACUCAACCUUGACAAGUGCAAGUUCCUUGUGCACGUCAUUAGCUCCCGUGGAAUUGAGGCGGAUCCUGACAAGCUGCAAGCAAUCCCAGAUCUCCCGCCACCCCAGAACUUGCAAGAAGUGAGAACAUUUCUGGGCAUGGUAAACCAAUUAAGCAAGUUUUCUGAGCAUCUUGCUGACAAGGCAAAGAGCAUCAGGGAACUCCUUUGUCGAGGGAAUCAGUGGAUAUGGGGAACUGAGCAACAGAAAGCAUUUGAGCAGAUCAAAGCUGACUCUAAACGAGCUCCAGUACUGACACAUGAUCCUAACAAGGAGACCAAGAUAGCAGCUAAUGCCUUAUUGGUGGAGCAGAGGUCAAUUGUCUUUCGUGCGGGACACUCUACUCAAAGCAUCCAGGAUCCUUAUCCCAUCCUCCAUACGACUUGAGAACUUGGAUAAGAUCCAUGAGGGAUAUCAGGGAAUCACCAAAUGCCAUGAGUGGGCCAAAAGCCCGGCCAGGACUUAGUAGAGAAAUCCAGGAUCUCGUUCAACAAUGUAGGGUUUGUACCUUGCAUAAGGAAAACAAACCCAAACUGCUUAUAGCAACACCCCUACCAGACCGCCCCUGGCAAGUCGUAGCCACGGACCUCUUCGAGCUGAAAGGCAUCGACUACCUGAUUGUAAUAGAAUACUUCUCAAGGUACAUAGAAGUAGCAGCCAUGAAGAAGACGACAAAGUCAAGUGAGGUCAUAAGAGCACUUAUGAUAUUUGACGGACAUGGCAUCCCCGAACAAGUGCGAUCAGACAAUGGUCCUCAAUUUGACGGUGCAGACUUCUCCUACUAUAUAUUUCACCCAUAUUCCGAGAUUUCUCCAAUCAAAUGGAGAGGAUGAAAGUGGAUUUAGAACCGUGAAGAAUCUGCUUUCGAAAGAAAGAGACCCAGCUAAAGGAUUACUGGCCUACAGAUCAACGCCAUUAGCAUUCAAGUUCUCUCCUGCCCAGUUACUGAUGGGAAGGCAGAUAAGGUACAGUGUUCCGGUGUUCCAUACCCAGCUUCACCCGCAGUGGCCUGAUCUGGAAAACCUACGUGAAAAAGAGAGCAUGAGCAAGCUGAAGCAGCAAACAGUGUUCAACAGCAGGCACAAGGGAAAGCGUUUACCUCCGAUUGGACCAGGUACGAAAGUCUUUGCGAAGGACCUUCAGCAUUCAGGAAAAGUCAUCGAAGCAGCAGUAACACCCCGGUCAUAUAAGGUUGAGACACCAGCCAGCACGAUCAGAAGAAACCGUGUUCACCUAACCUCACUGCCAGAUCAGCUGGAAAAUGAACAACUAAACCCGGAGGAGAAACAAGUUCCAGCAGAGAGCAAGGCUGCAACACCUAUUCCGAAGGACGUUCCUGUUUCUAAGAGACUUUCGAGUACCCCCCGUAACACGUAUUCUUGCUACUAGGCCUAAGCGAGUUAUAAGACCAUUGCUAAAAAUCGGAGAAAAUCUAGGUUUAGCAUUUUAAGACACUGUGUUAAGAGAUCUGAUUUAGACUGUGUCUAUGACUUCUCAGACUUUGUGCUCUUUAACGAAAAAGGGGGAGAUGUUGUGUUAGCUUGCAUGCACAUACAGGAGGAUUCUGGGAUAGGGUACAAGAUGACGUUCUUUGCAGAAAACGUGUAGUACCGUGUGCGAUCAGAGAAAUCAAUACAGUAAGCUAAACUUGCAUUGCUAACGACGGAAGACUGGUUUUUAUACCUUUUCUCGUUUUAAAUUCUCAUUUAGUUCCCAUGGUGAAAUUUUCUACAAUAACACAUUCUGUAAAGUAGCAGCAGGCAUCUGUUUUUCUUAGCAUAUUCGAACACCUUCAAACCAGUAGGUCAAGAGUUCUUUGCCAAACGUUGAAGAAGGGCAGCUAUCUGAAAUUAAUGUAGAUGUAACACACUCAAUGGUUCGUCAAGAAAGGCUGAACGUAUUGCAAUCUUGCUCACAUCUUGCAAUUUUACGGCCGCCAAUAUCCGUAAAUAACUUACAGGUUUUUAAGUUUUCGACUACAAAUUAGGGAGAUUAAAAAGUUUAACUUUCUCAUUUGAAAGAAAAAAAGAUCACAGAAUGCAGAGGGGAAACUUGAAUUGUGCCAGCUAAUUUACUCCAUUGCCUUUCAUAUUUUCGAUCAAAUAAACUCCAAUCAGUUAUUUAGGGUUUGCCUGCUAUAUAAAAAAUUACCAGAGGGGACUUCUUCUCAGACGGUCAGCUCGUAAAAUAUUACUUCUGAAAUUUUACUGCCUCAUUUGAUCAUAAGAGUAACAUUUUAUGUUUUCACAUGCAACAGGAUAGUGCAGCGGAGGAUGGCCCUGAAAAGGAGUGAAAUCUAUUGUAACAAAGGUGACUUUUGGGGAAACUUGAGCGCUUAACUGGUAAAUACAUUUCGGCUUGGAAUUUUAAUGAUAAUGGUCUUUUGACACAGGAAAUUGAAACGUCCGUUUCUAUACUUGAAUGUUCCUUUUAUAUGACCUGUAAAGUGAGAACUGAAAAAUGUAAUUUUAUGUAAAGUGGCACCCCUCCUUCCACCCCCAAGACAAAAUAUAAUGCUUUCCUGUAAACAUGAAUGUAUAGGAGAAGCUCUGGAGCUAUUUACCCUGUUUUUGUAAAGAGUAGUAAAAUUCAUAAGGUUUGAUAAUUGUAAUGUAUAUUUUUAGCUUUCAAACUUUUAAUUUUAUAUCAAUCAUAAUCAUAACUACUUGUUUGCCAUUCAUACUGUAUUUCUUAAAAAGUUGUCAUAGUUAAGUCUGUAACCUUUGUAAAGAAUUGUGCGAUUAUUUAAUUUUGCAGUAUUUCCCACAUUGUAACAUGUAAUUUGGAUGGCAAUAAAUUCUCAGGCUCCAGAUUUCAAUAGUACAUGGUGUUCUUACAAAUACUGAUACCCAUUCCACAAAGGAAACUUUGAUAUAAGCAAUUGGUCGCAAGAUAAGUGAGUUUGAAAAGAAGGGAAUCUGGAAAACCAAGGGUCUGUCUUUAACCCUUUAACCCUCAUGAGUGACCAAGACAGAGAAUAAAGAAAAAUAUCAAUUUGGAAUUAAUUAGUUCAUCCAAUACUAAAUUCUGUGAACUAACAUCUUCAGAAUUGUAUGGUUGACAGUAAGGAAAAUGAUAAAUUUGAUAUGUAAGUUAAAGUGUUCAUUAGGACUGAAAUUAAUGGGCACCCUCCUCUUUUCAGUCAUGUUUUUACUUUGACCUGCCUCCUUUCUAUUCAUAUUUAGGGGUACAUAGGUUAUCUCUCUCACCCCUGAGAGUGACUAGCAUCCUAUUUCUCCCAACAAUAUCACCCCUGAAGCAAACAUUGAGGUCAAUAGAAUAAGGAAAAUGACCAACAACUGAAGAAACUUGUGAUUGCUCAACAAAUUCUCCUAUUCAGAAAAUCGGGAAAUGUCCAGGACACUAUUGAGAAUAUACACAGUGAUGUCAGGGUGUGAAAGGGAUGAGUAACAUUUUUCAUAUUUUAACACACGGAAAUUGAAUUAAUUGACAUUCACAUUGCGCAGAAGGCAAGAAUAUCAGUGCCCUAGCUUGAUAAGUUCAAGACAAGAAGUAAGAGAGUUGUGCCAACCAUAUCCCACUUUCUAUCGUUCCCUGGAUAUGCAUGCACAAAUAACAAUCUCAUUCACUCUAAUUGACCACUGAACCUAGGAAAAGAUGAUAACCUCCUUAUUUGUUUGUAAGCUUGUCCUCACACCAUUGACUCAAUACCCCCCCCCCCCUCUCCUCUCUCUCUCUCUCUCUCUCUCUCUCUCUCUCUCUCUCUCUCUCUCUCUCUCUCUCUCUCUCUCUCUCUCAGAAAAAAAAAAUUAAUGACUGGUCUAGGGAAAGCUAUUUCUCUUAAAUUCUCAUGAAAUUAAAUCGGAGCUAUCUUCUCACAACUUGCAAUACAACCAGUUGGGAAACUGUCAGCGGAUAUCAUGAAGUUCUUUUGUGCAUGAGCAAAUUGCUAUUUUUAAAGCACUCUCUGAAGAAUAGAAUUUAAUGGAGGACCCCUGGCUGUAAUUCACUACCAAUUCUCAUUGUUAUUUUCUUGCAAAUUAAGGUGAUGUUGCCAUUAUGGGUAUAACCCUAGAUUAAACCUUGACACCCUAACAUCUGCAUUCAUAUCCUCCAUACUGUUCUCUAAUGUUUCCUAAGUUGCUGACAAGAACUUGUUUAAUAACCAAAAGCUUCUUUUAUAUAAUUAGUUGGUGAUCAUUUCCUAUGUCCUCCUGACCUUAAUAUGUGACUCAGGAGUGAUAUUGCAGGGAGAAAUUAGAGGCGAGUCACUCUUAGUGGUUUAAGGAUUAAUGUGUAACCCAUAUGUGAAAGUUAUCGUUCCAAGGCGGCUAACACUUAUAAAUUACAGUUCUUUAUACAUAAGUCUUGAUCAUGUUGUCCCAAGAACAUUUGACUCAAUUUUACCUUAAAAUAACCUAAACUGGACAUUAAAUCGAAAUGUGAAAUUUAUUUUUCAUUCUCCUUUUGAAGUGUGCAUCAAAGUUUCAAAGUUUCAUGAGGCUUAAACUACAGGUUUAUAGGGAAUCUGCAUGAGUAAUAGUUUUGUCAACAUUAAAGCCCUACAUGCAUGUGUACAGGUACAUGUAGGUGUUGUAAAAAGCUGCUAACCUUUCAACUCCCAAGAUCUAAUCGUCAAUUUUCCCCUCUAGCUGCUACACAUUUCUUUGUAAGUUAGUUAUGAGGAUUUGGUGUUAGAUCAAGAUGACAACAUCUAUAUGAUAAGUUUAAGUAUUCUCAUUACCUGCCUGUCGGGUAGUGUAUGGAUAUUACAGCGAGAAGUUACAUGUUAAUCACUUCUUCAGCUGUAGGAGUUAAAGGGUUAAAUACGGAGAACCUUUUGCUUAGAUUUCUCAUUAAAGUAUGAGUUUACGUCUUUUUUUUUUAAAUCUUGUUUUUCCAGCCCAAGCUGAAUUCUAGUUUUUCAAACAAAUUUUAUAUUCUUUCAAUAUACUUGGAUCUCCUAGUAUUAGUUAUCACAGAUCUAUGUAAAGAUUGUUUGUAUUAGUAAUUGCAAGAAAUUGAGCCGCAUAUAAAUUUUCCCAAACCCUGCUGAUGGUCUAUCAGGUGAAGGGAUUGGAACUUGUAGUCAAACCACCUUUGUGCACAGCCUAUGCAUCCCAGUAAUCUAUACAUGUCAUAAAGUAUUUUAUCCUUCCUGAAACUAGUUUACAAGAAUUAAUUACCUAGUAGUCUAUCAUGGCUUUUCACAAUAAUAGUUUCCAGGCUUAAAAAAGUCACUUUCCUAAUUAAAAUAUCCCCUAAAUCUACUGACCUGGAAGACAAAACGUGCAUGUAUAAUCUGAGUUAGUGCACUGAGUUGGCCCAAAUUUUUAGCAAUUACCCAAGUCUUUUCAAAACCUGUUAUGUUAAUUUUUUUUCGUAAUGAACCAGUGAAAGUCUUAAUGAAUGGUCAAAUGAAUACUUUUUCUGAUCACUCAGUAAAAUUUUUAUUCUUGUGCUUCACGUAAACAUGUUACCACAACCCUAACUGAUAGGCUGCCAUCUAAGACUUUUCAACCUCUUUAGUAAUAACCCAUAUAUGUCCAAUACAACAAAUCCGACUGGAUUCUUCUACGGUAGUUGACGAAUACACCCACCGUAAGUCGAAUUAAUUUCGUAUUUCAGUGGCUAGAGUUGCCAGGAUCAUGCACAGUUGGUUUAAAAAUACUGACGUACGCAAUUACAACAGAAGUAUUUCCAGCUAUAGGCCGACCAUAAUGAAACGCGAGUAGUUGAAAGAGUAAAAUUUAAAAAAAUAACGGGUUUAAAAACGAGUUGAAAGUGACUUUUCUCUUGAAUUUUACAUACUUAUCACGGGACUUUGACACGUUAGCGAAAAAUCAGUGGAAUAAACAGUCUUACCUGGUGACAUCAAGAAGGAGAUGUAAAAGAAGCCGAUACUACUAUGACGUGUUGUUUCGCUGACCAUUACUCCCAUCGAUCCAUCGACGAACACGUUUGCUGUCGUUUCUUUCAAUUUUGGCUCAAUUUCCAAGACCAAAGUUGACAGUGGCGCUCAAUAAAAUAUGAUUUCAACCGUUACUGACAUCAUAAACGUCAGGAAUGAGAUGUAAUGAUAAAACAGCUCAAAUAGGCUCCUACAGCCUACAUACUUUUCAAGUAUUGAGGAUUUGGUGAAAAGCAUUUGUUAAAAGCUCUUCAGUGGCAACAAUGUAACAAAACAAUUAUAAACAAGGUCGAACCGAUAUUAACAGAGAAAGUAGCAUAUUUGCUAAGUUAUUUUUUUCUAUCAUGAUAUAGAUGUGACGUCUGGCAAAAGAAAACUUGACCUUGUGGCGGUCAUUUCUGGCGGCGCAGAAGUAACAAGAGGACUCCACAAAAACAUCACAUUAAAUGCCUCAUUGUCAUAUGACCCGGAAGUUGCACAUGGCAACCGAUCAGGAAUGAAUUUCACCUGGCAUUAUGGCAAAGUCACAAGAAAUCAUUCCAGUAAACAAGGGGAAGCGAAGGCGGAGAAAGAUUUCUUCAUGGCAGUAAACGAGUCAGCCAUUCAUUAUCACGGAAGUGCAUCUGGCGAACUAGUUUCCUUAAACACCGAAACUUUGUCUCUUCAUCAAUUCCACAUAGUUAAAUUGGUAGUGACCAAGGACAGUCGUAUUUCCACCGUUUAUCAGGUUAUCCAUUUGAUAGAAGGAGACCCCCCAGAAAUAUAUCAAAGGUUAGGGAUCUACUUUGUUUGUUUCUGUCGUUAUUUAGGUUUUUGGUUUGUUUUUACGGUUGGUUUUGUUGCCGUUUUUGAUACCUUUACUUGUUCUUGACCUUGCUAUUGCUCUUUAUUUUCGCUACUGACACUUCUGUCGUCCAAUUAUACCUGUUUUGCUACUGGUUUUGUUAAUUUUCGUUGUUUCUACUACCGUCAUUUUUUACACUUUCUUGUUGCUAUUAAUGAUAAUGUUGUUGUUUUCACUGUCGUUUUGGUUACUACUGUUGUUUUAGCUACUUUAUUAGCAGUUGUUCAUAUCAAUGUUAAUUAAAUUGCGGUCACUGCUGCAGCUGUUCUUCUUAAUUACAUGAUCUCAUCAGACAAAGCAAGUUCAAAACACCUUUUUCACCGAGUGUUCUUCCAAUAUUUCUGCUUCAUUUUAGAUGUUUUUUUAACUGUCAACCUAAAGUGAGUCCCUUGGUCAAACUUAGUAUCAAAUCACAAUGUCGCGGAUUACAGUGCUCUAAAAUAUCAUCCUAUAAGUGGAGGCUCUACCAGCAUUUCAAGCGAAACACCUCCUUUAUCUGGCAAAGGAAACAUAAUUUACGACUCGUCACAAGUACACCGCUGAAUUCAAGUGACAUUGUUAUCAAAGGAGGUUCCCUUACAGGUGGAAAUAUGUACCGCUUGGCACUAUUCAUAACAAUUACGGACGGUUUAUGGGGAGUGAGUGCUUACGAUUUUUCUACCGCAAUUUCACGGAUUUUAGUGAAUACUAUAGCGAACCAAUUGUCAGCGCACAAUUAGGGUCUUCGGACCAUAGCUCUGUUCACUGGAAUCCGCUUUCAAUGAACCAACUAAACCCGCUGUGCGUUGAAAAGAAAAGGAUCCCGAUGCGUCGCUUUCCUCAGUCGGCAAUAAACGCUUUUGGGAGGUGGGCGUGUUCACACCGUUGGUUCAGUGAUUUAGAAGUAGACGGUGACUCACCAUCAGUUGACUCUCUCACUGACUCAUUUACUAAGGAUCUUUCAUCAGCCAGCGAUAUCUACUUUCCGUCCAAAUACGUGAAGAUUCAUCCAAUGGACAAGCCUUGGAUGUCACCUGAGAUUAAAGCUCUCAUAUUAGAGCGCCAACGCGCCUAUCUAAAUGGCCCGGAGGAGAAAUGGCGUCGCCUUAGAAAUAAGGUCAGAGAGGUUAUCACCUGCCGGAAAUGCGAGUUCUAUAAAAACAAAGUUAAUAACCUCAAGAGCACUGACCCGAGGAAAUGGUGGAGUAUGGUGAAUAAGCUUGCAGGGAAGGCUAGCAGCCCUAACGAACUCAGUUAUACUGACGAGGAAGGCAGAAUUAUCUCUGGCGCGACUCUCGCAACACGCCUUAAUGAGUUUUUUGUAUCUGUAAUAUCUGACAUUAAGCCACUUGAUACAAGUGCACUGCCCUGCUACUUACCAUCCCCUCAACCGCCCGUAAUCGAGACACAAAAGGUCUACAAAAAGCUACUUGCCAUCAGCGCCUUUAAGGCCCCUGGGCCUGAUGGGAUUCCGACUCGUAUUUGGAAAGAAUAUGCUGCUGAGCUCGCUGAGCCGAUCACGCGAAUAUUCAACACCUCUAUUGCAUCAGGCUCCUUCCCUACUGCAUGGAAAGACUCUAAUGUCACACCGGUACCCAAGGUUACGCCCAUAACCGGUAGGGAAGAUUUAAGACCUAUCUCCCUAACUGCAAUCGUCUCUAAAGUCCUGGAGGAUUUCGUAGUUGAAUGGCUAAUUGAGGAUGUUGUGCACCUCAUCGAUUUCAGCCAAUUCGGCUGCCUCAAAGGAACUUCAACCAUCUAUUGCCUGUUGGAUAUGAUGCACAACUGGUUGUCCUCUAUUGACAAACCAGGUAUGUUCUUAAGGGCCUGCUUCCUGGAUUUUAGUAAGGCUUUUGACCAUAUUGACCACACUAUCUUAGUCAAUAAACUCAUCCACCUUGGGGUCCGUGGUUUUAUUAUCCGUUGGAUUUGCAGUUUUUUUUAUGGCCGUCGCCAAGCUGUUAAGAUUAAGAACAUUGUAUCCCCUUGGUUGCCCGUGCACGCUGGAGUCCCGCAGGGCACUAAGCUUGGCCCCAUCCUGUUCCUCCUGAUGAUUAACGAUCUCGCGAUUGAAACUCCAUUACUAUCGAGCCACUGGAAAUAUGUAGAUGACCUAACAAUAUCCGAGGUCAUCCCAUCAGGCGGUACAUCGUCCCUUCAGAAAGAUCUUGACGCCAUUGCACAGUGGUCGUCGCGCAAUAAUAUGAACCUCAACCCAAAGAAGUGCAAGGAACUUGUGAUUUGUUCGCUUAGAACACGGCCAGAUCUUGGCCCUUUGUGCGUCAAUGGACGUCCCUUAGAACGGGUCUCCUCACACAAGGUCCUUGGAGUCACUAUCAGCGACACUCUUGGGUGGAAUGAGCACGUGCGUGAGAUUGUCUCCAAAGCCUCAAAACGUCUUUACAUCUUAAGAGUGCUCAAGCGGUCCGGAAUUCCACCCGAAGACCUUAUUAACAUAUUUUAUGCCUUGGUACGAUCGGUCCUCGAAUACGCCUGCGUCACUUGGUCUACUAGCCUACCAAUUUACCUCAAGGACAUGAUCGAAAGAGUUCAGAAAAGAGCUCUGCGUAUAUUAUUUCCGGCGUUGAGCUACAAAGACGCCAUUGUGGCUGCAAACUCCACUCGCUUAAAUGUGAGAAGAGACGAACUCUGCAAGAAAGUUUGGGACGGUAUCUGUGUGCCUGGGUCACGGCUGUACCACCUUAUUCCACCAAAGCGCGCCGAUUGCCACGUUUAUGAGUUGCGCAACAAAAACCAUGUAUCACUCUUUAAAUGCCGGACCGAAAGAUUUAAAAAAUCUUUCUUUCCAACAAUGGCGUCUAACGCCCAGUUCUUGUAGUCAAGCAAACCUAAGCGUUUUUUAUUGGUAUAUAACUACUGACUCUUGUAAUUCCCAGUCCCCUUAGACUUUUAAUUUUAAAGUCAAAUGUAAGAUUGUCGUAUUUUUUAAAUAUUUAAAGUAUAAUGUAUUUCACCACUGGGGUGCUAUUUUUGAAUACUUUUAAUAAACCCUUUAUUAUUAGGCUAGAGAAUGGUCUGUACAGUGUAUUAUAUCGUGGCGUUAACAAAAACAUAAGUACCUCUUCGAUACCGCCUGGGAACAGUACAGAUAAUUUUACUGUCAAAGUUAUCGCUACAGUGACUGACAAUUUUGGAAUUUCUGCCUCCCCAGUCUCUUUGGCAGUUCAGGUAAAUCACUAGCCAUUGAUUUAGCGUCUAGCAUGAAAGGAUGUGAAAAUGUUGAUUUGUUUUGGUCCCUAUCAGUAAUAGAGUAGUUAUAGUAAUAGAUACCUUCUUUUGGCUUUUGCAGAUCAGUCCAUAUCAGAAUGUAAGCACUGAUUUUAUCACAAACCUUCUACUGGCAAACGACAGUUUAUUUCAGAAGUUCAUCGCGAUCGGAAACCUGAGAAAAGCGGCGCUUUUAGCAAACUCUGUCCUGCUCUCAGUUUCACAAGAAACCUCAAUGAAUUUCCAGGAGAGAUACAAGGUACUCUUCAAACAUAACUUGUUACUUAAAAAGUGAAACAAUACUAGUUCAUUAUGAUCGUAUCCGAAAAGCAAAGAGUUUACUAAGAGCCAAACAUGCCAAAGAAAAAAAAAAAAGGAUUAAGAAUUUGUAUUUGAAAAAAAUAUACUAUCAUUAAAAAAAUUGACUUUCGAAAAACAGUCGAAUAUAAUGCAUUAAACAUACGAACAUACUUUUUAGAAAAAAAUGUAGGGUUGUGUGUUAAAUACCCGAUAUUACUGCUUCCCAAGAGUCGUGGCUUCUACGUUAGAUGUUGACUUCCCAUUAUUCUCGCGGGUUGAUUGUGUGAACAAACAAUUUCGUCUACCGUUGUGACGAGUGAAGAACGCUGAAGAGUCUUGAAUUAAAUUUUAAACGAAUACUUACCACGUCUUGAAAAUGAGGUUUGAAAAUUUACUUCAUGGGCGGAAAUCACCCGGCAUUCCUUUAUUUCAGCUUGAACGUUUUCGGUGUUUUGAUGCAUUUAGAUCAAUCAUGCGCUUGCAAAUGUAUCGUUUUGAUGGGUUUUAACUAACAAUUUAAUUGAGAAACCUGAUACGUUGAGUCUUAAUAUGCCUUUAGAUGUAUCAUCUUUGGAACGAGCCUAAUAUGAGGGAUACAGUCUGUUUGCCUAUUUCUCUACCGGCUUAAAUAACAUAAAGCUUUAUCGUUGUUCAAGGUUAUGAACUACAUCCUUGAAAACAUUUCGCCCUUGGAAGCGAAAACUGUCUUCGACAUCCUUCAAAAAUCUUCGGUUAUCGGUUCUGCUCUUCCGGUUCUGGAGGAAGUGCCCCACCAGUCUCUGGUAAGUGAAUUACGUAGUACUGGUUGGGGCUGGAAUAGCCUUGGUUGUUACGUCAAGUUUUAAUACCAUGACACUAUUUAGCCAGAAAGGCUACAGAAACAACAGAAAAAACCACAACAGCAAACAAAGACGAAGGAAACGGAAACAAACAAGAAUGAAAAACAAACAACUGUUGUGUUAUCAAAUGAAGCAGUCUAUAAUUUUGUAAUCACUUUAAAUAAUUCGCCACAAAUUAGCUCUACAAAGGUAAUGGAAAGAAAUCUGAAAGUAAGCAUUUUUAGCUUCAUUUAUAUUUAUUUGCACUCCACAGAAUUUCUCCUUAUCUGCUAUCAGUUCAAUGACUUCACUCCUAUGGUCUAUCGCCCAGAAACGAGACGUAGCAGACAUAUCGCUGACAAAGCAAUCAGCAGAAAACUUGGCUUCAUGUCUUAAUACCGUGUUGAAGGCAGCAGCAGUGACUGCAUCAGUAGACUCCAAGUCAAGUUUUCAGCAACAGGUACUUUAAUUUACAUUUAGGUGAUGUCCAAAAGUGUACGAGUUAAAUAGACCUUUUAAAACGUAAUUAUACAUACAAGCAUAAUCAUUAGACUUUAUUCAUUAGCAAAUGGUCCAUCGCAGAUUGCUUUAAACUUAACCGAUACUCCCUUAUUCAUUCAUAUUUUGAACCUUUUAUGGUUUGUUUCUAUUUAUGGUUGUUUUAAGCUUUCGAAAAUCCAUAAUUUGUUUAUAUUAUUUGCUUAUUUAUGCAAUUUCUACAGGGUAAACUAUUAGUGAAGAUUUCAAUGAAGGCCCACCAGAAAGUUGCAGACUCACUGUUGGUCUUGACAAUACCUGAUGAAAAAACUAUACCAUUCACUGCAGGACAGCUAUCCAUGACACUCGGAAGAUAUACCCUCCAAAGACUUUCAGGACUGGAAGUAAAAGCGGGAAAAGGCCGGUUUAUCUUACCGUCUAAGAGCCAGUUGUUACUCUCUGGAGUAAAUAAAACAAGUUUUGUAGAUGUUCAGGUAAGUAUUUCUGCCCUUCAAGCCAAUUUCAAUCCAAGUUUAUUUUUAGCAGAUACCGACAUCAAUCAAGUUAAAAUCGCACGUUAGACACCUUAAAGGUUGCUUAUUACCUCUAGCAGUCAUAUUUCUUGCUUUGCUUUUGACGUGUUCAACUCUGGCACUUGGGCAGCAAAAGAGAAUCGAAUCAUGUGAUCGAAGUGACCACAUCAAUGUUAUUUAUUUUUUUGUUGUUUUCCAAAUAUAUUUCCAGUUUUAUUUUGAAUCCAACUUAUGAUAACUUAAGAUUAAUAGUAAGACGGAGUACCCUGUUUACGAGUUCGACUAUAGCAGUACACAAAAACAAACAAGCAAAAUACUUAAUUAUUUCUCUUUCAGAUGCUCUCAUUUUCUUUCAACGCUUACACUUAG